GCCCGCACGCAGCAGAGACGGGGUUUCAUUCAGUCGGAUCGAAACCGGACCGGACUUUCUUAACCCGGACUUCCAGAGUCCAGUUUUCCCGGGAAGAACGGGAUUUCCGGCAGAUUCCAGCGUUUCGCUCAGUGUCGUGGAGAAGAUCAAACAACUAAGUUGCCGUUAGCAUAGUUAGCUUAGCUCGGCGCAGCUAAGCUAAGCUAAGCUAACGGGAUGCAGCUGGCCUCUGAUAGGCUGAUGGGCCAGCUAAGGCGGAGCUCCAAGGCCAGGAGAGCGGUUGCUCUGCUUGUUGCUGCCUAUGCGACAAAGAAACUCUCUGUCUAUAUGUGGGACAGACUGCAGAAGAGGGCAGGAGGAAAGCAGCUCGGUGGGGCUGAGGUGGUUGUGGGUGGGGCCAAAACUUCUUACAGCUCAUUGGACAAAGAUGGAGGUCAAAAGAAGAGCAGAGGCAUGAGCAGGUCUCCAGGGGUGAACAGGGAGUUUGUCCAGAGACUGAGGGGCCUGCUGAAGGUCCUGUUUCCCAGGUUGCUCUGUAAGGAGUUUGGCCUUCUGGGCCUUCACUCACUGGCUCUCAUCUCCAGAACCUUCCUCUCCAUAUACGUUGCAACGCUGGAUGGUCUUAUAGUAAAGACUAUUGUACAGAAGAGGCCCCAGGCCUUUGUGUGGGAGCUCAGUAAGUGGCUGCUCAUCGCGCUUCCUGCCACCUUCAUCAACAGUGCCAUCCGCUUCCUUGAAGGACAACUAGCCCUCGCCUUCAGAACUAGACUGGUCACACACGCCUACAAACUGUACUUCACUAACCAGACCUAUUAUCGGGUCAGUAACAUUGAUGGUCGUUUGGUGAACCCAGAUCAGUCUCUGACGGAGGACGUGAUGAUGUUCUCUGCUUCCGUUGCCCAUCUCUACUCCAAUCUAACGAAACCCAUCUUGGAUGUCAUGGUGACAUGCUACACCCUUCUACGCACUGCUCACUCCAAAGGCGCUAACACCACCUGGCCAUCAGUCAUCGCCGGCCUAGUGGUAGCACUCACAGCCAAGGUUCUGCGCUCCUGCUCUCCUCGCUUUGGGAAGCUGGUGGCUGAGGAGGCCCGCAGGAAAGGAGACCUGCGCUACAUUCACUCGAGAAUCAUCUCCAACUCUGAGGAGAUUGCCUUCUAUGCUGGACACAAGGUGGAGAUGUCCCAGCUGCAGAAGAGCUAUGCAGCUCUGUCCUCCCACAUAAACCACAUCCUUUUUAAGCGUCUUUGGUACAUCAUGCUGGAGCAGUUUCUCAUGAAGUACGUGUGGAGCGCCUCUGGACUCAUCAUGGUGGCUGUUCCCAUCAUCACAGCCACAGGAUACUCCAAACAUGACUCAGUGGAGGUGAGACAAGCGGCCAUGUUGAUGAGAGAAGAGGAGUUGGUGAGUGAGAGGACACAGGCCUUCACCACAGCCAGGAACCUCCUCAACGCUGGAGCAGAUGCUGUGGAGAGGAUCAUGACCUCUUACAAGGAGGUAACAGAACUAGCGGGUUACACAUCCAGGGUCUAUGAGAUGUUUGAUGUUUUUGGAGAUGCGAGUGAGGGAAUCUACCAUCGCUCAACAGUAGGAGAAGAGCAAAGAGAAGACAGAGGAGGAGAAAUGAUGCAGCAUGGCGUGAGAGUGGGGGGACAUCUGGACAUUCGAGGUCAGGUAAUUGAGGUUGAGAAAGGGAUUCGCUGUGAGAAUCUUCCAAUCAUCACACCCACAGGUGAUGUGGUGGUAUCCUGCCUUAACUUACAGAUAGAGGAACACAUGGAUGUGUUGAUAACAGGUCCAAAUGGCUGUGGGAAAAGCUCUCUGUUCAGGAUCUUGAGUGGACUCUGGCCGGUCUAUGGAGGAACUCUGUAUCGGCCUCCACCCACAACCAUGUUCUACAUCCCACAGAGACCCUACAUGUCUAUAGGAACCCUCAGGGAUCAGGUGAUCUAUCCAGACUCAGUAGAAGAAAUGUCCGACCGGGGAUUCACAGAUAAAUGCCUGGAGGAGAUCCUACGAACUGUUAACUUGCUCUACAUUCUGGACCGAGAAGGAGGUUGGGAUGCAGCCAGUGACUGGAAGGAUGUUUUGUCUGGAGGAGAGAAGCAGAGAAUGGGGAUGGCACGCAUGUUCUACCACAGACCUCAGUAUGCUCUGUUAGAUGAGUGUACUAGUGCUGUGAGCAUCGAUGUGGAGGGAAAUAUCUUCCAGGCUGCAAAGAAUGCUGGGAUUUCGCUGCUGUCAAUCACCCACAGGCCUUCUUUAUGGAAGUACCACUCGCACCUCCUGCAGUUCGAUGGGGAGGGAGGUUGGCGCUUUGAGCCACUCGACGCCUCCACACGUGUCUCUCUGCAGGAGGAGAAGGAGAGUCUGGAGAAGCAGCUAUCUGGAGUACCUCACAUGCAGCAGCGUCUGGUGGAGUUGCGCCUCCUGCUGGGGGAGAGGGAGGAGGAGGAGCUGAGGAGCACAGAGAAGUUUUAAACCACGUCCACAUGAACCAGAUACACGGACAGAUUAGAAUCAUGAUGGAGUCACCUCAAGAUGGAUUCAACACAACAGACCUGAGUGUGUGUGUGUGUGUGUGUGUGUGUGUGUGUGUGUGUGU